AUGCUGGAGAGUGAGACCUUCGUGAUCUUUGACGAGGCUCGAUCGCGUGGGUCCGACAUGAAGCUCCCGUCCAAUGCUUCCGCUGUUUUAACGCUAGGACCCAAACUAACAAAAGAUAAACUGAUGCAGGGAGCUGGACGCAUGAGGCAGCUCGGCUGCAACCAAACGCUGUGGAUAGCGAGCUUCGACGAGGUGGCGCAGAGUCUCCUUCAGUCAAGUAAAGAGCGAGAGAUUACGCACUUGACAGCGAUCGACGUGUUGAAUUGGGUCAUGGACAAUACGAAGGCGGAAUCUGUUCGUGGGCUGUUGGAGUGGGCGAGCAACGGUAUUCAUUUUCAGAAGACGCAGCUUAACCACGAGACAGAGCUGGUGAAUGAAGAUUGGUCGCUGAAGACUCUCUAA